CCCUGGCCAGCCUAGCUGGGCUCUGUCAGUCUGACUCGCUCUCUAUGUCGGGCACCGGGUGAGCGCAGGAUGACGGACAAGGCCUGCGGGCUGCUAAUACUACUGUGCGGACUGAGCACUGCGGGGGGAACACAGAGCAAGGACACCGAGCGACACCCCCACACAGAGACAUGGGCCAGUCCGGACCUGGAUAGUGCGGGACACACAGCAUGGGAACCGGACUGGAGCAAGACUGCAGAUAAAGAGUCGCUUGAUCAAGUGCCUCACUGGGACGUUUUUCCAGAACUUCGUGUGCAAGGGCGCAGACUGAAUUUGGAGGAAGCUAAUCAGAGCCUUCCCAGCCAGUUACACUUCUUACUACACGUAGAAGGAAGCAACAUUGAAUUGGAGUUGGAGCAAAACAGGCACCUAAUGCCAGCGUCGCAUAAACUGGCCUAUUACCUGCCAGAUGGGACUCGUGUGGCUGAAAAUAACCCCCAGCUGGUGAACUGUUUUUAUCAUGGACACGUUUUGGGUCACACAAGACAUUGGAGCAGUCUCAGCCUAUGCUCGGGGAUCAGAGGGACAAUUAUCCUGGCUCCAGACAGAAGUUACAGCAUUGAACCUGUAUCGGGAGAUCUGCCCAACAAACAUGUUCUGCGUCUGAUCCAAGACCACCAACACCAAAACUUGACCUGUGCGUCGGGAAAUGUAAAAGAAGAAAUUCUCUCAUCUCCUCCCCGUAGGAUGAAGAGGGAUGUUGUGAGUGAGAUUAAAUACGUGGAGCUUGUGAUGGUCGCAGAUUACAGCGAGUACAAGUUAUUUUACAAGGAUUUGAAGAGCUUGCAGAUUCGAAUGUUGGAGAUCGCCAACAAGGUGGAUGCUUUUUACCGCACAUUGAAUAUACGCGUGGUGUUGGUGUCCGUGGAGGUGUGGAACAAGGAGGAUCAGAUAACAGUCAGUACAGAUCCUACACUCACACUGAACCGCUUCUUGGCCUGGCGAGAGAAGAUAUUAUUAAAGCUGGUACCUCACGACAAUGCGCAACUCCUAACGGGAAUUACAUUUAAGGAUUCCUUAGUUGGUAUGGCAACAAUGAGCUCUCUUUGUACAACUGACAAGUCCGGAGGUGUAAACAUGGAUCAUUCUGUGAGUGUUCUUGGAGUGGCUUCCACAGUGGCCCAUAAUUUAGGACACAAUCUGGGUUUGAAUCAUGACACGUUGGACAGGAAAUGUGGGGAUCCAGAGAAAGGCAAACAGUGGAUAAUGGAGCCAUCCUAUGGGUUCAUGCCUGGACUGGAGUUCAGUAAAUGCAGUGUCACAGACCUUGUUACCAGUCUCAGAAAAGGAAGGUUUCUGUGCCUGUUUAACACCCCCAGCCCCUUGAGUCUGUUUGGAGGAGCACGUUGCGGCAACAUGUUGGUAGAAGAAAAAGAACAGUGUGACUGUGGCCUGACCCAGGAAUGUACAGAUCCCUGUUGUAAUCCCUCCACCUGUCAGUUUAUUGAAGGUGCGCAGUGUUCCUCCGAUGGACUGUGCUGUGAGCAGUGUAAGCUAAAGCCAUCUGGGUUCCUGUGCCGGGACAGACUAGGGGAAUGCGACCUCCCGGAAUACUGUAAUGGGAUUUCGGGACAAUGUCCCCCAAAUGUCUUUGUACAGAAUGGGGGGUCCUGUGAAGAAGGUCAGGCCUAUUGCUUUGAUGGGGAAUGCCAGACACUCCAAACCCAGUGUCAGAAUCUGUGGGGACCUGGUUCGUUACCAGCCCCUGAUUCCUGCUUCAGGAAAAUGAAUAUGAGAGGGGAUAAGUACGGGAACUGUGGCCAGGGGGAAAAUGGCAGCUACAUACCAUGCUCAGAGGAGGAUGUGCAGUGCGGGAAGAUUCAGUGUCAGGUUGGUAGUAACCAGACUGUCCUGGAAUCCAUAGCUGUUAGAGUAACUGUGAACAGGACAGAGCUGACCUGCAACGGAACGUCCUUCAAUCGAGGUGAUGACGUCUUGGAUCUAGCACUUGUGAUGACAGGAACAGUUUGUGGGGCCGGGAAGGUUUGCAUAAAACAGAAAUGUCACGAGGCUUCCGCUUUGAAGGUCCAAAGCUGUAAGAACCAGUGCAGCAACCAUGGGAUCUGUGACAGUAACAAUACUUGCCAUUGUGACCCAGGCUGGGCAAUGCCAGACUGCGGAACCUGGGCCGAGAGACAUGUUGGCAGCUCCCUCACCACCAGUCUCUGCCUGAUCUUCCUGGUUUUUAUACCGAUCCUGGUAUUGUUUGGAUUUUGUCUCUUAAAACGCGAAUUCCUAAAGAGGAGGCUCGGGAUGUUAAGCUCCAGCAGUAAAUGCCAAUACAGGGUGACGCAAACAAACAGUCAGCCACGUCCAGAGCGCCCUCCGCCUCCUAAUUGGGCACAAAACACGGAGCUUCAAGUGAUGUCAGCCAAUACCCAGGACUCUGACCGGCCUGAACCACCAUCCAAGCCUCUUCCACCUGAUCCAGUGCAAAAGCGCUGCCAGGACUCUGACCGGCCCGAUCCGCCAUCCAAGCCUCUUCCACCCGAUCCAGUGCGCAAGCUCUGCCAGGCACCUGAUCAGGACAGGCCUCCUCCCCCAUCUCGGCCGCUUCCUGCGGACCCCCUCCCACGACAGGCGCAGACACCAGGUCGAAGGAAACCUCCACUCCCAAAGAAGCCACAGUCUCUAGAUGGUCAUAUCACUGUGCCAGCAUACCCGAAUCCCAUUAUUGCUCUGCCCUCAAGGCCUGCCCCGCUGCCCCCAUAUUCCAGAAGCAAUCCCCAGGUAUAGUGGAUAUAUAUCGAAUGUGGAUGGCAAAGACCCCAGGAGGGAAUAAAGAGAUCCACAUAUUCCAGAUGAUGGCCUUGCUGCUGCCUUCUACUCGGAGUGGCCGAGUUAGUGUCUUCCUGAUAUUGGGACCCAAUGGAAAUGUUCUGCUUGCAAGAUCGUCUUGCACUGUAUACUCAGAACCCCUAGCUGGACUUGUGGGGGAAUGAUCCAGAGACCCCAGUGUAUAUUUUUAUUUGCCCUUAUAGACUGCUAGUGUGAGUGGAAUGUGUGUAUGUUUGUGUAUGAAUGUGUGUGCUGGGGAGAGUGUGUAUGAAGCAGCACACAUGGCAUUGUGCAAUAAUAGUCUCUGAUAGCCAACCUCGGGCCCCUCAAUGAGGAGCAGAGUGAGGAGAACCCCCUGUAUGUACAAGACCCUAACACACGAUGAGAACUCUAAUCAUAGCUGGUUUUACUGUCAGGAAAUAUUUUUGGCAAUAAAAUUGAACCUGAACUAACUUAAGUGUGUCAAAGUGUCUGAGCAGUAAUGUAUAGUGACACACUGUAGCACUGCAUGUGGUGUAAGAGUUUAUUCAAGUGUCUGUUAAUUGUGUAGAUAAGACAACGGUUAGUGUGUACACCUGAAGUGCCUCUAAUCAGCCAGCAGAUGGCAGGACAGAACCGGUAAUCUCGUCCAUAUAGUUCGUGUGACACAGUGUGGCCUAUUGCUGGACUGAAUAUAUGUGUGUUUUUUACUGUAUGCAUGUCUAUGCUAUUCUACUGUAUGUGUUUUAGGUGUCUAUUUUACGGUUUGAAUAUAUGUUUAGUUUGCUCUGUUCUUCAAAACAUGUCUGUUUAACUGUAUCUGGGUUAUUCACUUAAGUCUGAAUUGCAAGGAAUUAAAUUUAAAUGAAAGUGAAUAAAUGUUUUAGGCCUCUAUAGCUUAUUUGGUAACGUUCUCCUGGUCAACUAGAGUUUAAUCUUCGCUAUUUUAAGGUUGAAAUUUAACUUUGAAUUCCAGAUAAGUCAAUAACCCCAUAGGUGUAUAUAAAUGUCUGUUUUACCACAAGUGUACAUACAUAUAAGCUCUAAUGAUCGUGUAUAUAUGUCUAUUAAACUGUAUGCGUGUAUAGA